AUGAAGAACGACGGCACUAGCAGCGGCACGCGCGACCUGCUACAGUACGUAAUUUUUGCGGCCCUCGUCGUGAUUGGCAUCUUGCCCUUCCUCCUCAUGCUUUGGAAAAACGUGGUGUUCCGUGAGCGGUUACGGAGCAUGUUCUCAUCCAGGGGCUGCAGUGUCCGUUGUCCGCGGCGCGUUCGCUACGAUGAAGCCGAUCUUCGGACAUUGAGGGAGUUGGAGGACCCCCCACAAGGAGAUCGCUUGGGUAUCAACGGAGCCUACCGGAUGUACCAGGCGCGGCGUUCGCGCAUGUCGCUGCGUCUGGCGUCUUGGCGUGAGGACGUCAAACGCAGCGAUAGGGAAGAUGAUCGAUUGCAUCGCAAGCUGGCACAGAUUAAAGAGGCGUAUCACCAGAGUCAAAGCGGAAUGGCUGCUGCUGCUCGUGCGAAUAGCAGGGAGUCACUGAUCGAAGUUACGCCGACGCUCGCUGUACCAUUUGACGUCCACGCCGUGCAGAUCAAUGACCGCGUGGAUGAAACCAGCAACAGCUUAUUCUUGGCAGCACUGUUUCGAACGUCAGAUGUAUCGAAGGAUUCAGACGAGGAGUCGGUGUAUGUGAUGGUACCCCAUUCCCCCCGGAUCGAGUCCCGUGUCCAGGCAUGUCGCUGUUCUCUUGGUUCUGCUGGGGAAGAAGAGGAGGAGAAAGAGGAGGUGGCGCUCUGA